UCCUGGGUUUGAACAUGAUAUACAAUAAUGAGGUAUUUAUUUCAUGACAAGGAGAAGACAUGGAAGUUUUGAAUUUUAAGCGAAAGAUAUGACUUCAUUCUCAGACAAAAAUGGAUCGUUCCUUUGCUACAAAGUUAAACACAGUUCUCGAAGAGAUUGGAGUAUCAAAGGACCUUAUAUGGAAACGAAGAAGGACAUUCUUGAUGCGGGAAUGUUUGGUUAACCAUUCAAGGGUUCUCCGAAGUCUAGAUGAAGUGAAUGUCUUCUAUCUCGGAAGCCAAAGCGAAGGUACCACUACUGUUGGUAUGAUGUCUGAUACUGAUCAGCUGGAAUGUAUAAACCACUGGGAAGCCAUCCUUACACUGGAAGACUGGACAUAUGGGAAAGUAAACUUGCUUGUGUUAAAAGAUGAAACAUCGCCACCUCAGUACUGCAAUUUGCAAAUGUUUCGAUACGACCAACCAUUGCCCUACACAGAUGAUACCAUGCAAGAUUAUAUUCGCGACAGCCAAGGAAGAAUACUCUUGCAAAACACGUUCAUUUACAACUACAGGCUUAAGCAUAUUGCCGAAACAUUACAAUUACGUUUCACAAGACAUGGUCCAGCAAGAACUGCAACCCGGGAUGGAUUCGAAACGGACUUUGUUGGAGCGUUUUACUGUGCCAAAUUACCAGAAGAAUGUCAGGGUAUAUUUAAACGACCAAGACCUGGACAUUGGCCACAAAGAGAUACACUAGAGAAAGCGAAAUCGUUGGGAACGUUUCUUGUGGCUCAAGGAUCGUCAGAAUCCAUCAAUUCAAAACUGGAAUGGAGAUUUUCAACUUCGUUGAUAGAAAGGGCAAUCAUGUUUGAUCUUGGAACGGUUCAUUUGAAAACGUUCGUGCUGUUGAAAAUGAUAAGGAAAACCUACUUCAAACCUGUAGUAGGGGACCGACUGAGUACUUUUCACUUCAAAACAGCACUGUUUUUCACAGUAGAGAGUAAUCCACCAGAUAUUUGGUUAGAACACAACAUUCCCGAAUGCGCUAUCAGAGUACUAACGACUAUGCAUCGGUGGUUGAAAUGUGGGUUUUGUCCAAAUUUUACGACUGAGAAUGUCAACCUUUUCACUGGAAAAAUCCAGCAUUACGAAAGACAAAAAUUGAGCGAGAUGAUCAAAGGUUUGAUUGAAAACUUUGAAACGAGUGUGUAUCACAUAACAAUGGAAAAAGUUCAGGAUAGAAUGCUGGCACUUGAUGGCUUUUUUAACAUCGAAAUGAAAACGCCAAUGCCAUCCCGACAAAAGAAUCAUUGUGAAUGCGCCAAGCAAAUAUUUUUCAAUUUCCUUUAUAUACUAGACGUGCGCUGUAUGAGUUAUAUUAGCGCCCAGAAAAUCUCAAACAAUACCCAGGGGAGAAGCCAAAUGAUCGAGUUGUAUACAAUGGAACACGAAUAUUUAGAAACGCUUUCUAACCAUUCAGAUGAUUUAAUGAGGAGGACGUUUUCAAUGCUGAAUCCAUUCCUUAUUUCAUUAACUGAAUCUGUAAAACUGGCAGCUAAAAUAGACAAUCAUGAGAGAAUAGCGGCAAAUGAUAUCUUUGAAAGAUUUGUCAUCCCCAAAGACCCCGCACACAUUUCAAACCUCUUGAAAUGUGCAUCUAUUUGCAUUUCUUGCCGCCACUUUGAAAAAGCAACAGACAUUCUGAACUACGUUGAAGGCUUAAUAAAACCUUAUGUUGUUCAGUUUUCUGGCUGCUAUCAAAGAGAAAAUCCGAAAUUCAACGAUGAAUUUCACUCACGCCUGGUGGAAUUUAUUGACAACGACGAGCAUUUACUAAGGUCAUCAGUUGCAAUGAGUGUUAAGUUUGGUCGCCUUGAAAUUCCUUGCGUUCCAAAGCAUCUGGUUUUUGAAAUGUACAGAACGUUCAGAGCGGUGGACAAGACGGACCGACAUCCUCAUAACGAUAUGUGGAUGGAUGCAGCUGUUGUCGAUGCCAUACCAUUCUUACACUAUCUGCAGUAUGUUGCAUACAGAGAGCUUGAUUUUCCCUUUCUUGCACUGGACGCACUUACAGCAUUGUUUAACUACGUGGUAGGCACAGAAGAUACUUUCAGAAUAGGCCAUACAGAAACAUCUUGGUGUCUAUUAGGCCAUUGUUUUGAAAUGGAGGGCGAUCUGAAGCGUGCUUGGAAAUUCUAUAGAAACUCGAUUCAUCUGUUUCCAUUCAACAACGCUGCAAAUUGGCAUAUCCUGAAACUUCUUCAUGACGUCAUAAACGGUGUAUUUGACGACCGUUGAAGAAAUGGCAGCUUAAGCCUUCAUUUAGGUGAUAUGAGCAUCCCCAGAUACAGUUUAAAAAAGUCAUCAAUCAUUAUGCUGAUAUUCUCUAUGUUCAGCAGCUGUUUUAUAUACUGAUCGAAAACAUUUAUAAUCAUGAAAAACAGUCAAUAAAUAAUGAAAUACUAUAACAAAAUCUUAUAUUUCCGUAAUAAAACAACUCCAUAAUAGCGUUCCUAAGUAAAUGUAUCGUAUAAUAUUGUUAAUGCGUCGUGAGUUCACGGCGAAUACUCCCUAAACCGGAACCUUCCAUGUCCACGUAACUGUCGCACUUGUCCUCCAGAAAGUCAGGAAUUAUACAGAUAUAUAACAACAAUUUUGAUCUGGAAAUCGUCUUACGUUGAAAUGAUAGUGUUCUUCAUGUUUUUACUGGGCCAUUUUAAGGUUAUGGCAAAUUAUCUCGCAUCGGAAUAUGAUCGGCUUUUUGGAUUUUCAUAUAUGGUAUAUUGUGUUCAUUGUUGAUUGUUUUGAAAAUCGUACGUUUUUAUUUCAAUUGAGGCAUAUAUUCAAUGCUUUCUCUUAUUUGAUAAUCGGAACCCGGGAUUGAACCGGGCGCUGUUAGAUCUUCAG